UUUACCAUUUCGACAUUCGAAUCGACAUGGCCGACACGAAAUCCGGGCCUGGUCGGCACUCGGCUGCCGGAGGAAGUGGUACCAGUGGUCUGUCGCCUUUGGUGCAGGGACCUGCAAACCUAGAGUGCAAGGACUUCCAGGAGUACCUGCGCAGCCGGCAAACUCCAGAGUCGCUUGAAAAACUCUACAACUAUCCACCCAUUUGUUUGGCCGUGUUUCGGGAGCUUCCCGAGAUAGCCAGGCAGUUUAUUAUACGGAUACUGUUCGUGGACCAACCAGUGCCGCAAGCAGUGGUCACUUCAUGGGGUGCCCAACGUUGUGCCAAGGAACAAACCGAGGCCACCAGCUGCCUAACAGCGUUGAAUGUCUGGCGGGUUACAGCCAUUCCUGGUGGCCUGUCUGCCUGGGAACUCUCGCCCACUUUCAAGAAGAGCGUGCGUCAGGUGCUGUUAGGUGGCGGAAAGCCUUGGCCUAUGACUAAUACGCUGGAGAAGGAUUCAAAACCCAGAGAUAUCGCUUUUCUGGACACAUAUGCCAUGUCGCGCUGGCGUUGUGUGUUGCAUUAUAUGGUUGGUACCGGAAAUCGCAAUGGCACCGAUGCGGAGGCCAUAAGUCCGGAUGCCGUAAGAAUUCUUCUGCAUGCCAAUCUUAUGAAAAGAGAUGAACGCGACGGAAUUACCAUAACCCGGCAGGGUUUCCAGUUUCUGCUGCUGGAUACACGGGCGCAGGUUUGGCACUUUAUGCUCCAGUACCUGGAUACCUGCGAGGAGCGUGGAAUUAGCUUACCGGAAUGCCUGUCCAUGCUGUUUCAGCUCAGCUUCUCCACAUUAGGCAGGGACUACAGUUCGGAAGGGAUGAACAACCAGAUGCUGACAUUUUUGCAGCAUCUGCGAGAGUUUGGAUUGGUCUUCCAGCGAAAGCGUAAAGAGGGACGUUUCUAUCCCACUCGUUUGGCUCUAAAUGUGACCAGUAAGGAGGCUGCGGCUACUGCCUCUGUUGCCAUGGACGAGGAGGUCACCCAAGAUUGUGGUUAUAUCGUUGUGGAGACAAACUACCGGGUGUAUGCCUACACAGACUCGGCCCUUCAGGUAGCCGUUUUGGGUUUGUUUACAGAACUACUCUACCGCUUUCCAAAUCUCGUCGUGGGCGUGCUCACAAGAGAUUCUGUGCGUCAGGCACUGCGGGGUGGAAUAACGGCUGAGCAGAUUGUCUCAUAUCUGGAACAAUAUGCGCAUCCCAACAUGCGGUUGGUCGAGUCUGCCAUCAACUCCAAAUCCUGUCUCCCGCCCACAGUCGUGGAUCAAAUAAAACUGUGGGAGCUGGAGCGAAAUCGUUUUACCUACACGGAAGGCGUGGUGUACAACCAGUUCCUCUCCCAGACUGAUUUCAUAACGCUAAGGGACUACGCUCAGUCGAUUCAUAUGUUGGUGUGGCAAAAUGAACGAACUCGUACAAUGGUGGUUCAGAAGAAUGGACACGAUGAUGUCAAGCGUUACUGGAAGAAGUACUCUAAAAGUGGAUAAGGCGGUGAAUCCUAGCCAGUGGCCGCCAAUCCUAAGGGCGACAUACGUCUCCAUCUCGUUUUUAAGUUUAAUUAAUAUAAUAUAUUGUUUAAUAAGUGAGGGGGAGAUAUAGCAUCGACAUAUAAGGUACAAGAAAAAUAAUAAAAUUAAAGUACACAGAUAUAAAAGAAAUAAUUACACACAUUAAA